AUGCACGGCAAGGUGUUUGUGGACAACCUCACGUUGUGGAUGAGAUGCUCUGUACCAGCCAGGGUGCAGGCGGUAGCAGAGCUUGACGAUGUGGAGCAUGAGCCUCUUCUUGACAAGGAGCCGCGGCUUGCCUUGGGUGUGCAGCGUGAUCACACGACAAGGUUUCGCGCCCAGUUCAUUGAUGCGUUCGGCAGGACUAUCUUGAAUGCAUCUGAAUACUGGCUGCGAUGGUCACUAUCUCCCACGGGCUCCAAAGACGGUGUUCCGUUUCAGAAGGCCUGGCUUGCCGUUGACCAGAAGGAUAUCUCUGCAGCUUCCGUCCAUGUGCCAUCGUUUGCAACAGUGGGUGCCACUGCGAAUCUCGGUUUGGAGGUCAACAUGGCACCUUCAAGCCUUUGCACUUCGGUGGAGAUGUUGGCAGCUCUUCCACCUCCCACUAGCGACGAGCUUCCGAUCGUUGUAGCACAGAAGUUGGAGUUGCGAUGGCCAGGAUAUCCAGAAAAGCCUCGUUUCGCAAUGUUCAGGAACUUGUCAGUGGUUCUGGAAGCUGGAUACGGGACCGGGCGGGCUCGUCUUGAGAUUCUGUCCGGUCAAGAGAUUGUAGAGGACCGGGUCCUGGAGCCAUCCCAAAUUUGUGCUGAUGGAGUUGAGCCUUGUGUGCCAGCUUUGUGGGUUGGAUCGCCCUGCAAUGUCUCCAAAGCGGACUAUGUUCAGCGCUGGUUUUUGCUGCCCCUGAGUCAAGGCACUGCUUCGCUGGCCUUUUGGGACCCAGACUUGCUGGGCACAAGGCCUCAACAGCUGGAGGUGACCUUCCGUGCAGCCAAGCAACUAGAUUUGAGCUUGCUUGGAGAGGAGUCACACGCAGAUGGACGUACAGUGUUGGUGGUGCGCGGCACCGAACGGCAUUUGCGAGUUGAUGUGCGAGAUGCUGAGGGCCAGGUGUUGGGGAUGGUGAACUGGGUGCCUCUGGCAUUGAACUUGCGUAGCAGCGACCCAGGAGCUUUAGAGGUGAAAGAAAGUCCAAGCAGAUGCGGGGAGUACGAGUGUGUGUGCCACAUCCCUGGCAUUUAUCGACUGUCUGCAGAGAUGCAGGACUAUCCAAAUGGGACAAUCCAUUCACGCAUCCUUCAUGUGGAAUGCUUGCCAGAGUUCGACGUUGUGCUGAAGCACAUUGUUGUGAUGCCGGGACAAGCUUUCGAGCUUGCGUUCACUGGUGGCCCUCCGAGCAAUCCCCGGACAUACUUUGACUACAUCUCCAGCGAUCCAGCUGUUGCCAGCAUUGACAAGGAGGUCGGCCUGGUGUUGGCAUUGAACCCUGGCAGUGCCAAUCUUUUUGUGCGGCUUCUAGAGCACCAUUCGGGUCGGGAGAUUGCUCGAGCAGGACUGUCGGUUUCGAGUCGCCCGAUGGAACUCAAGCACCACAUUUUGGUCGCAGCUCUGGGGAUAGCUGAAGGAGCCCACAUCAAAGUGACGGUUCCAAGUGGCGCUUCAAUUGGAGUUGUUGAUGCCUUGACAGGACAGACAGGUGACAGAAUCCUUUCGUGUGUGUAUUUGUAUCAUUGUCUCAAAUGA